AUGAUGCUGGCAUUCCUGGUUUUGGUGGCCUCUCGAAGUCAAGUUACCAGUGAACAGCAGAUGAUUGACAAACCCGGUAGGAGCAUCAUCACCUUUCUACUCAUUCUUAAUCUAGCCCUGUGGAUAGCGAGUACAUUUGGACUCAAGCAUGCUGUGAAGUUCGAGAUUCAUCGCACACACUACUCCGAUAUUGCAUGGAAAAUCAUCACUCAUCUCUCACUUCCGCUGAUUAUUUUCUUUCGAUUUCAUUCUACAAUCUGCUUGGCGGAUGUUUGGCUCAAUGCCUAUCGAAUGGGCAGCCAUGAAGUGGCUAAUAUUGAACUAAAUCAUAUAAGAGUGGAAAAGGGUGAAUGGGAGAAUUUUCGGUUGGCAUUUGCUACGGAUGGAGGAAUCGGUGUUGUUGACUACUACCAAGGCAUCUGUCUUGUCUGUGUAGCUAUUCCCGAACUCGAAGGUUGGUUUCAUUGUGCUUAUAAUUAUGCGUAUGCAACUUUGUUUAAUUCAUAA